GAUCUUACCUUUUCGGUUCUAAACAAUCGCAUAUUCUCCUUUGUUCCCUUUUAGCAAACUUGUUUUGAUCUCGAUAUUCGCGCUAUGUAAAUUUUUUGUGGGAGGCUAUAUUGAGAUAGUGAAGUUUGCGUGCUUUGUGAUUUCUAAAUAAAUCAGCAGAAACAUGUCUACACCAAAAAUUAAUUAUAGACCUCCAAUGACUGACUCUGAAGAUUCAGAUGAGUACGAAGGUUUUUAUUUUAGUGAUAUGCCUUCUAAAAAUCAAAAUCGUACGAUUUUAUUAUGGCAACAGCAGCAAAAUAAAAAUGCAGAGGUAUUGCAAUCAAUAUUUAACGGGGACUCUGAAAAAUUAAUGCAACAAGUUCGGGAACUAAAGAUAUCCGUUAAUGAUCCAAUAAGUGGGGGUUUUACUUUGUUGAUGACUGCUUGUCGUGAGGGACAAUUGUCUGUUGUAAGAUGCUUGCUAGAAGACCUCAAAGCGGAUGUUAAUAAACAGGUGGACUCACUAACGCCACUCAUGUUGGCAUGUGAGUGCACAAAUAAGGAUCCUCAUACCAUUGACAAAAUAGUUCAGCUUUUACUUAAACAUGGUGCUGUUAUAAAUGUUUCCGACAAGUAUGGAACAACUCCUUUCAUGCACGCCUGCAAAAAUGGAUACACAUUAGUAGUGAAUCGAAUGAUAAAAGAUGUGUCAUUCGAUGCAAUUGAUAAUCAAGGCUGUACACCAAUAUUUCAUGCCAUAGAAAAUAAUCGAACGGAUGUGGUAAAAUUAUUGGCGGAAGCUGGCGUUAAUGCAACUAUUGCGAAUAGAAAAGGUUAUACACCAGUUCAAGUAGCGCAAUUUCACGGAUUUUACGAUCUACUAGAAUUCCUACCGAAAGAAAAUGAAACAUAUGUUGUUCCACCACAAUUUCUCGGCUACAACACUCUGCGUGAUUACAUACCUAGAAUAUUUUUGAAAUCUGAUUGUCCAGAGUAUUUUCAGGAAAUUAACGCAAUACUUUCAUCAUUAAAUAUUGAGAAAUACUUGGAAUAUUUCGCAAAAGAUCGAAUUUCACUGUCAGAAUUUCUCUCUAUGAAUGAUGAUCAAAUGAAGGAGAUUGGCAUUAGAUAUCCCAUUUUUAGAAUGAAAAUAAUGAAGGGCCUUCUAGACUUUCAUUUGCAUCAUUGGUCCAAAAAGUCUAUCGGCAGAGUAAGCCGAUCUUCAAACGAAAAUUUCUAUGAAAUUUUAAUGAUCACCGCUAAUCAUUUACAACAUUUGGUCAUAAUAACUGCCACACUCCGAUUUGUAAAGCAGCAUAUAAAGUCCAAUAAAUUAGGCAUGGUUUCACGGGAGCAGCUACAAAUAUUGCAACGUAACGUAAAUGCAUACCGGACGACAAUAAGAGAACUACAUAAAACUACCAAAUAUCUGGCAUCAUUCAGUCCAACAAAAAAUCCCUUGUAUAUUGACUAUGAUGAGCAUGUAGCGGAACGGAAACGUCUUAAAUUAAAGUGCUAUUUCAAGUACACUACAAUUUUUAUUGGUAUAUCAGUAUUCGUUUGCCUCAAAGUCGGAAAACUUUUGUUUGGUUCCUAAGCAAUGAAAUUCUCUCCCUUAUAAGAGAAAAAUAAUUAUAUGGCUAAUUUUUGAAAUAACUAAAAUAUCAUUGGAUUGCAUUUAGUAAAAAUCGUUGGAACUUUAUGUAUUGUAUGUAUAAGCAAUUGGACCAUUCCUAUUUUUAAUAUAGCGCCACAAAUAAUACCAUUUAGUUAUAACAAACUUAGAAAUUUCCAAUAUUGAAAUUAAGUUAUAUUUCUAAUCUAUAAUGUGUAUUUGGCAAAUUUUGUGGAUUUCUUGGAAUAAAUUUGAUAUUGGUAAGUUAAAUAAAUGUUAAUUACAGAA